UAGUUUGAAAGAAAGUUUUAUGAUACAAGGUCGAAGCCUAUUGGUCGGUCUAUUACUUGACGAUAACUUGAAGAUAAAAAUUCACUUAUAAACACUAAUAUAACGAUGAAAUUCUGCAUAAAUAACAUUAUUGUAAAAGUAAAUUCCUCUAUUAAAAUUUAUAAGGGUGUGUCCAUAUAUGUAUAUCCUUGCCCCCGUAUAACCCCUCUUUCAUAAAAUCACUUUUUUUUACAAUCUUGUUUUAAAUUUGCAUAAUUUCAUAAAAUAUUAAUAUACAAUCAACAAAACGCUUUAUCGCUUGUAGCCUUAAUUGAGGUUGACCAUCAAUGUCAGUGAGGCAAAAAAUAAAGUGUGGCAAUGUUCUCAUGAGCAAAAACAAAAAAGUUGUCAGGUGUAAAUAAUGUCUGUGGUUAGAAGUAAAAGAACGUACAAAAUUAGCGUUAAGUUAUUAAAGUAAAUACAAUUAAAGUGAAUUUAUAAUUAAUUAAAAACAAACAUAAUGUUUGCUAUAAGUAAAGCUACAAAUUACACAACUUUAAUAUUGCGUCAAACGACGAUUUCCAGAAGUUAUUGUCAAUUUCACCACAAAACAACGCAAAAUAUAAGAAAACAGCUGGCUGAGAAUUCUUACCUAUUUAAAGCAACAACAACACACCCCUCAAAUAUAUCAUCCCCACAAACUGUUCAGUUACAAAUCUAUAGAAUCAAACACAACAGCAGCAACAAUAAUACAAAUAAUCCAAUUACUAAACCAACAAAAUUUAUAGCAAUACGCAGAUUAUGGAAGAAUAUCUUUGGAAAAUACUUACUAAUGACCAAUAUUAUUGGUUCUGGUGUUCUAAUGGUUUUUGGUGAUGUUAUGGCCCAAGAGAUUGAAUUUAGACGUGGACUACCAAAUGCGCAACGUUAUGAUUGGCAGCGUAUUGGACGUAUGUUUAUAGUGGGUGCCUUGCAAGGACCUCUGCAUCAUUACGUUUAUAAUUGGAUGGAUAAAGUAAUGCCAGUGGCAAAUUUUAAAAAUGUUAUGAAAAAAAUCUUAAUAGAUGAAUUAAUAAUGUCUCCGGCUUGUAUAUUUAUAUUUUUCUAUUCGGCUUGUUUCCUAGAGCGCAAAACCUUUAAGGAAACCAACGAUGAGCUUAAGGAGAAAUUUCUUUUUAUCUAUCUUAUAGAUUGGAUGCUAUGGCCUGGUGCUCAGUAUAUAAAUUUUCGUUAUUUAGAAACGAAAUAUCGUGUUACAUUUGUUAAUGUAUGUACGGCUUUGUAUAAUAUAUUUAUGUCGUAUGUAAAGCAUGAUUACAAUGUACAAGUGUAGUGCGAUUAAAUUAUGAAAUUAAUCUUUGUAUAAAUUAUCAAACUGUCUAGAAAAUCAUUUUUAAUCAUACUUAUUAGAUUGUUAUCUCUAAAAUGUAACAAUAUAUACAUACAUAUAUACGUUUAAAAGUAAGCUUUUAUUUUAUUGCGUUUAUAUAAGAAAAAGUUUAGUAACUUAACGAUUUAGCGAUGUCUGUGCAUCUUAGACCUUAUGAAUUUCAUUUAAAUUGGUCUAUCAUUUUACUAAAGAUUUUGAAAAUAACUUGAACAUAUUUGACAAUUGAAUUAAUUCAGAAACUACUGCAAAUAAAAAAUAAGAUUCAACAAAUAUUUUAAAACUAAACUUAAAAUUUAAGCUAAUGCAAAAACGAUAGUGCAACCAACAACUAUACAUUCUAAGAGGUUAUCUAAAAUGUAUUUCAUAUGUAAGGACUUGAAAUAAAGCUAUGUAUUUGUUUUUCACUGUAAA